AGUAGGCUACCCUGGCAGAGACUGUGUGAUCCGGGACAAUAGACUUGUUGAUUUGGGCUAAAGGACGAGCUGAUAAAUACUGGCAAGAUGGCUGUGGCGGGCUGCACGAAAUGCAUUAAAUAUAUGUUAUUUUUCUUUAAUUUUAUUUUCUGGCUGGCCGGAGGUGUGAUCUUAGGAGUGGCCCUGUGGCUUCGCCAUGACAGUCAAACCAGCAACCUCCUCAUACUUCAGUUUGAAGGCCAACAGGCACCAGGCACCUUCUAUAUCAGUGUGUACAUACUGAUAGCUGUUGGGGCUGUGAUGAUGCUCGUGGGCUUCCUCGGUUGUUAUGGUGCCAUUCAGGAAUCUCAGUGCCUGUUGGGGACAUUCUUCUUCUUUUUGGUGAUCCUCUUUGCCUGUGAAGUGGCUGCAGCAAUGUGGGGUUUCAUGAACAGGGACACAAUCUCCAAGGAACUGAUCAACUUCUACGACUCUGCGUACAUCAAGGCAGUGGACGUCUCAGGGUCUCCCAGUAAAGACUCUGCCAUCAAAGUGCUGGAUGUUUUCCACACUACGCUCGACUGCUGUGGUAAAGGAGAUGACACUACUCUCUUCAAACAAGUUGUCGGCACCUUGUGUCCCAGAAAGUCUCCAGAAGAUUUUCUGAAAUCUCAGAGCUGUCAUGAUAAGCUGACCGAGCUGUUUUCAGAGAAGCUCUACCUGAUUGGUCUGGCUGCCUUGGUGGUUGCUGUCAUCAUGAUCUUCGAGAUGAUUUUCACCAUGGUGCUCUGUUGUGGGAUCCGUAACAGCCCUGGAGUAUACUAGGAAUCACAUCAAUCCACAUGAGUCUAUAAUGGAAUUAUUUUAUUAUGUGUUUCUGUGUGUCAGCUCCUCUUCCUUAUGAUUAAAACACAGCAAGAUGGAUAUAUAUCAUUUUAUUUUAGAUUAGAAAAUACUUGUUUUUAAUAUUGCUAUUCCAUCAACACUAAUUUUUCUUACACAAUAAUUUAGCUUCUAUCAGUCAGAUGUUCUUUAUUUAUCAUACAUACAACACUUUACAUGAAUCUUUUAUACAUACACUAUGUUGUGAACUAUUUCUCUGACAUCAUUGAACAUAUUGCUGUUUUGUGGAUGUAUAAAUUGUAAAUAUUAACCUGUCAUAUGUUAAUUACUCUUAGGAGAGUCCAUGUUUUCCCUGAUUGAUUUUUUGUGAUGCAUACAGUGUUAUAAUAUAAUUUAAGCAGCAGGGUUUCAGUGGUCUAUGGUAAUGUGCCGUCUUACUCAAUUAUCAGAAUGGCGAGUUAGCCUGUGUGUUAGUUGACUGUGUGUCUCUUCUUUGUGCCUAAUGAAACAUGCUGUCUUUACUUUAUUAACUUUGGAAACACCGAUCCUUGAAUAAUGACCAAAAACAGUUCUGUCUUACUCAACCUGUUUUAAUAAUGUUAAUAAAUGAUGCCACCUUCAUUUUUAUUGGUGGAGCAAACACUACAGCUGCUUGCUUGUGACUCCUUAAGAUGAAGCAAUAUUCGUUUCACGUCUACAACGUGUGCACAGUUCAAUCAGAGAGGGAUUUUUUUACUUCUCGGAUUAUUUCAUUUUACUACUUUUUUGAGGACUCAAGAGGUAAAAUUACAAUGUUUUGCUAAAAGAUUUUUAACGAAUAGAAAAAAAUAGGGAAAAUAAAUAUAUUUUGUGUA